UUCUCCCAGCUCGUGUUGGAGUAGUAAACAGGAGCUUAGAGAGAGGAGUCGCUUCUUCUACUUCUUCUUCACGAUCGGCUCGUUAUGCAUCCUGGAAACCUUAUAUUCUUAUAUACAGUGUUUUCCCCAGGAAUUUUCAUUUGGACUUAUAAUGCGUGGAUACGUCGUCAUUUUAACAACGGGUUUGCUUUUUAUUAACCCACUACUGCAACGUGAGGUAGAGAAAAAUCCUCAGUGAUGCUGCGUGCUUGUCCAGGUUGGAGCACAGUACAACCUAAUUGAUAUUUAUCGAAUGGGCCCUGUUCGGACUCAUCCUCAUCCUCAUCAUCCGCGCACGAAGACAACACUUCUGCCUCUACUAACAUCGACUUGUAAUAGCACUCUUUCCUAAAUGAAAAAUAAGCCAUAUCUUCUUAAACCAUCAUGGGAGAAAACGUUCGGAAAGAAGCCCAGAACGUACUGCAGGAGCCAGACCAGGAUCAUCGCCAACCCUGGCUUGGUCAUCAAAGUGCUUCGUCGGAAGAAGAUCGUGGUGUUCCUUGCCUACUUUGUGCUCGUAGCGCUGACCAUGCUGAACCUGGCUAACUACAAAUGGGCCAAAGAGUCGCAGCCAUGUGGUCUCCAGGUGAACGAUGACGUGAACUUCCAGAACAGACCAUACUUUCAUGUCCUCUACAAGGCGCCACAGAUGAGGAAGCGCCAGCUGGUGUACGUCUUAACCACAUGGCGCUCGGGCUCGUCCUUCUUCGGCGAGCUUUUCAACCAAAACCCCGGAGUGUUCUUUUUGUACGAACCGAUGUGGCACAUUUGGCAGAAACUCUACCCUGGAGACGCGUUAUCACUCCAGGGAGCAGAGAGGGACAUGCUAAGUGCUCUGUACAGGUGUGAUUUCUCCGUUUUCCAGUUGUACAACACUCAAGCUGGGAAGAAUAUAACCACUCUAGAAGUCUUCGGCGCCCCGUUUAAUAAAGUCAUCUGCUCUUAUCCGCUUUGCUCGUUCUAUAGAAAGGAUGUCGUGGGAAUGGUGGACGAAAAAGUGUGUAAGAAGUGUCCGCUUCAGAGCCUGCAAGCCCUGGAGGAGCAGUGCCUGAAAUAUGACACCAUCGUCAUUAAAGGAGUACGGAUUUUAGAUAUAAACGUCCUGGCUCCUUUGUUGGAGGACCGCUCACUCAAUCUAAAAGUGGUACACUUGGUGCGGGACCCACGAGCCAUGGCUAACUCCAGAAUUCGAUCUAAGCACGGCCUGAUUCGGGAGAACCUGCAAGUAAUCCGGAGCAGGAACCCGAAGAUGCGGCGCGUGCCGAUGGCUGACCCGAACCAUAAAGCCAGCAGGAAAGAUGUUUCAGACUACCAUGCCAUCGGAGCCAUGGAGGUGAUUUGUGAGCACAUGUCCAAGACUUUGAAAACGGUCCUAAGCAGUCCUAGCUGGCUCAAGGGGAAAUACAUGAUGGUGCGAUACGAGGACUUGGUGGAAAACCCGGUCAGGACCUUAAAGCGUGUUUACCAGUUUGUAAACCUGACAGCUAGCCGCGACAUGGAAGCUUUCGUCGUGAACAUGACUAGUGGCCACAAUAACUCUGCCAGACCUUUCCAGGUUUCAUCUAGGAAUGCCACCGUGGCCGCUAGCACGUGGAGAACUGUGCUCAACCUCCAUCAGAUACGCCAAGUGGAGGACUACUGCCGUCAUGCCAUGUCCGUUUUGGGAUAUUUACACGUUCGCACGUUGUGGGAGGCGAAGGACCUGAGCAAGAGUUUAUUAACUUUACCUAAGGUCUGAAACUGACCAAAGAUGGUGUUGACCAAAAAGACCAAAAAAUGAAUGUCUAAUUUACCCUUUAAAGCUGUGCCUAGAUAUAAACUUGCUUUCUAACAAGCACAGCUUUCUACUUUCCAUUUCUUUCAAUCCAAACAGAUGAUUUAUUUCACACUAAUGUCUGUGAUGCCCCAAGCUUUUUUGGAAAUGCACUGGAAAUGUACUGGGCUUUCCAGUGGAAAUGUACUGGGCUUGUGGGAAAUUCACCGUAUUGACUCUAUGCCUUCCGAUUAUAAAUAUUUACCGAAGCAGGGAAUAUUUUUUACAGAAUCUUUCAGAUUCUCAUACGGCUUUGCGGGAUUCGGGAUCCGUUUCUAAUGUCUGUAUCGCAGCAAAUAAUCUGAAUUUAUUACUGGUUAUGGUUAGGAAAUGAACAAAAAGAGAUCUUAAUGACAUAUGAAGUGCCUUGUUUGGUUGUAAUGAAAGCCAAAAAAAAAUCUUGUUUUGUCUGUUUGCAUUGACCAAAAUGAGGAAAGUUGUGUCUCAGCAGCUCUUUAGCGUGACACCGUCGGCUAUCUGACUGCAGUAACUAGAGAAAAGUGGCGAGAUUAGGUUUACUCCUCAGGGACACUCCGGCUUGCAGGAUUCACAAAAGUACUGAAGUAUGUCAGGAAAAUAGUAGGAAUAGAGGCAGCGCUAAAUAGGGACACAGUAUUCAGGGAGGAUGUUAAGUGGACACAGAGGGACCUCAAAUGGGGACCUGAUGGCUCUCAGAGCGAAGCCUUGGCAACUGCAUUGGCUUCCUGCCAUCUCUUCUUUUCCUCUGUCUCUCUGUCUCUCUUGAACACUUCGCUAUAAAUCAGAGCAUGUGUGUGUGUGUGUGUGUGAGUUAAAAUUAAAACAUCUUGAUAAUUCA